GAGGCUCCCACAUGAAAGUCAAUGCAACCUAAGAAAUCUGCAGUAAGUUCUUUCCAUUGCCCUGGAAGCCACCAGUCAAUCAAAUAAAGAAACCCCCUCAUCGCAAUCCCCAAUUGAUCCAAAAAUUGAACGCCCAAAUGGCCCAAAUCCAAAGACCCAAAAGCUUUCUUGAUUCUUUAGGAGAAGAAAUAAUCAGAAUCAUAACACCAGUAUCAAUCUGCAUGUUCAUUGUGGUGAUUCUAGUCUCAAUUCUCAACACAGACUCCUCAUCGGCAUCAACAACAAUAAACAACAUAGCUACCAUGGCUUACGCUGAGACAACCUCCGACUCCUUCUGGGAUAAGCUCAAAGGUGCCCUUUUGAAUUCUCUUGUGUUUGUGGCUAUUGUCACUGUUGUUACUUUUGUUCUGGUGCUUCUUUUUUACCUUAGAUGCACUCAGUUCUUGAAACUAUACAUGGGUUUCUCUUCUUUUAUUGUUUUGGGAUUCAUGGGUGGUGAAAUUGCCUUGUUCUUGAUAAGAGAUUUUAGUGUUCCUAUCGAUUGUUUCACGUUUUUGGUGGUUUUGUUCAACUUUGCUGCUGUGGGUGUAUUGGCUGUGUUCAUGUCAAAAAUGGCUAUAUUUGUGACACAGGCUUAUUUGGUUGUCAUUGGGGUUUUGGUUGCUUAUUGGUUUACUCUUUUGCCUGAAUGGACUACUUGGGCACUAUUGGUUGCCAUGGCAUUGUAUGAUCUUGCUGCUGUUUUAUUGCCUGUUGGGCCAUUGAGGCUCUUGGUAGAGCUUGCAAUAUCUAGGGAUGAAGAUAUCCCUGCAUUGGUUUAUGAGGCUCGGCCUGUGACUAAUCAUCAUUCAGGCUCUAGGGAUGGUGUAGCUCAAAGGAGGCUGUGGAGAGAAAGGAGAAAUGUGGGAAAUGAUUCUGAAGAGAAUUUGAAUUCUGAAUCUAGUUUGGAUUCGAACUUGACUAAUGGUACAGUUGAUGGUGGUCAUCACACUACAAGAUUAGCUAGAGCUGAAGAAGGGCAACUUCUGGAAAGGGAUGCCGAGCUUUCAGCACCAUUAAUUGAUCGUAGGAGUAGUGUUCAGGUUCAUGGACAGGGAGAUGCUGUAUCAAGCGAAAGUUUGCUGCUAGAGGGCAUUGGGUUGGGGUCAACCGGUGCCAUCAAGCUCGGGCUGGGGGACUUUAUCUUCUAUAGUGUGUUAGUUGGAAGAGCGGCAAUGUAUGACUUUAUGACUGUUUAUGCAUGUUAUCUUGCUAUAAUAGCUGGUUUGGGCAUUACGCUGAUGCUAUUGGCAUUUUAUCAGAAAGCUUUGCCAGCUCUUCCCGUUUCAGUUGCCCUAGGUGUGCUAUUCUAUUUCUUGACUAGGCUGUUACUUGAAGCUUUUGUUGUACAAUGUUCUUUGAACCUUGUGAUGUUUUAGGAAUAAGAAUAAUAAGAUAUUGCAGUUUAAUA